AUGAAGACCGUGGUGCUCGCGUUAUGGGCUAUACUACUUCUUCUGCUGGCGAGAGUCAUUGAUCGGGCACGCUGGCGGACGCUUCCCAGGCAGAGGCUGAUCAACUCCUUGCGCCUUGCGGAGAACUCAGACCUGGUGGAGGAGGAGAAUCGCCGGCUGCAGUAUGAUGAGAACGAAAGCGACUGGAACAGUAGCAAUGAGACGUCGGAAGUGAACUCCACGACGUCCACCAGUUCCACUGUGACCAGCACCAGCAGCACCCAAACACUGACAACCAGUACAGACACUGUGACCACACGGACCCGGACCACCAGCACGCGGACGACGCGGACACGCACAAGCAGCACCAGCAGCAGCGUGACACGCACGAGCAGCACCAGUAGCAGUGUGACCAGGACCACCACCAGCAGUACCAAGACGACUGUGACGGUCACGAGCAGUACCUCUAGCACUGUGACUAGCACUAGUAGCACAGUGACCACGAGCAGUUGGACGAGCACCAGCAGCACUGCCACCUCCACGUCAACUUGGAGCACCACGAGCACCACGACUUUGUGGGGCGAUGUGCUCUUGGCCUUGGAUUUCACCGUCCAUCCGCCCGAGCGAUGGCAGUUGCAGCACUUCGCUGCGGAGCUGGCGCUGAACGUCUCUCAGAGCGUGCUCGCAGAGAGCCAGAAGCGCGUGCACUUCGGCGUGGUGCUCUUUGGGCAGGAUGUGAGCUACUUUCCGCUGCCGGUGGACGAGGCGAAGUUGAACAACUUGGUCCUGGACCCUGAGCUAGGCCAGUCGUGA